AGCUUCCUACCUGUAGAGUUGGGCAGGAGGCGGCAAUCCUGCUGGUUCGAAACGUCAGGUGUGCACGCGACCACACCGUUUCAGUUCGCGUUAUUCGCGGCCGAAAACCCGAAUGUUUGCAUCGAAAGUCGCAGGAAACCGCUGGUUGCUGUUAGUUCUUCGUCGGGAGGAAAAAGCGGCGCCGAACAACUAGGAAAACAAUGUUUGUAUUGGGGCUUCGCAACUGUGAUUCUGAGCUCCUGCUGUGGUCUGAUUGAGACAAUUUGGGGAUGGAUUUUUUGAAAAAGUGUCCACUUUUGGUGAUUAUGGGCCAACAACUGUAGGGCCAAAGUGUGGUUCAUCUCGUAUCCUGCAGCCGCGCCAACCUGCACCAUGCACAAAGAAAGAUCUGGAAGCCUGGGGGCCACUCCAAAGCCCUUUCUGCAGCCCAGCCAGAAUCCCUCCGAUGAGCAGAUGAGCAGCGACGCUGAAACAUUGGAAGACGCCCGCAAGCUGAUCAGAGACCUCAGGGCGAAGACCAGACAACAGGCUCAGCAGAUAAUGGCUUGGCGCAAAGCCUAUAAGAUGCAGGAACUGUUCAUAAGCAGACUGCAGCGCGAAAAAUGCGACCAACUAAAGGCCAUCAGCUCCAAGCUGUUGCUGUUCGAGUCGCGGCUCAUUCGCAAGCAAAAGGACAUCGCCAUGAUGCUGAACAUGCGAGAAACCCUCAUCUGCAAACAACAACGUCUGAUCGAAACCUUGACCAUCCGACUGACCGACAACGGCCUAGACGUACCCCAGAACGAGAUCACCGACAUUGAGUACUGUUUUCCGGACCUCGAGUCGCUUAACGACUCAGACAGUGCUGUUGUAAUGGAGGACGCAGACUACGAAAACCCCUAUCAAAUGCCCAAAUUUCGCACUGCUGAUGGCAUCACGGUGAUGCGUUCGAUUUCUGAUGCCAUCGACCCCAAUCUCAAAUAUGGCAGUCGCAGAAAUAACGGCUUUCUCAGAAGGCCCGAAAUACUCGAAACUGUUUACAGCGUGGAAGAGGACGCAGACAACGACAACCAAAAGGAAGAAAUGAGCGACUUGAGCAAACGAAGGGAGUCGUUUGCAAUGCGGGGCAAAUCCAACUGCAACGUGGAAUCGCACGAGGACAAAGAGGGCGGGCAUUUGGUGCGGAAAAAAUCGGCCGAAGACAAGGGCUGCUUUGACACAGCCUCCAUCGAAAUCACCAGCAGGACUCCGCAAGGGGAUGAAGAAUACCACGAGGAAAACAGCCAGAAACCCAACACGAAUCAAGUGAAAACUUACAAUCGAGUCAUGUCGAAUCAUCGCUCCGUAACCAAGCCCAAAGACGUGAAAUACAAACGCAUCAACAAGGCGAAAUCGAAAAGCCUGGAAGAGUUGAGGGGCAGACUGAAAAACUGGGUGGAACAAGGAAGUAAACUUCCAGGGCUGCAGCUGGAGCACAGCCAGAGUUAUGCCUAACAAUGACCAAUACCCAUAACUGGGGCUGAAUCAAAGCCCAACCUUUGCUUAACUUUAUAGAUAUUUAAUAUAGAUCAUAUCUCAUGGCGUGAUCAAUUGGCCGACAAGCAUAAUCACAAAAGUCUAGCCUAAGUGGGACGCAAUUCGAAGACAAUCAACUUAAUCAAACAUGUAAAUACCGAUAACUAAACCAAAACAAAUCGUUGAUGUCGCCGCUUGAAACUAUGUACAUAAAGUUGUGAAACCCAAAGGCCUAACUCAAUCUCUAUUUGUUCCUUUUAGUUAAGUUUCGUGCUGACUGCUGAGGCACGCUGAACGAUACUUUGCUUUUACACGUAGCUAUUUAGUCAUGUAAGAUUUCGAAUUUUACCAAAGUUGUAAAUGUUUGAGGCGUAUUAAAGCUGUUGCCUCCA